CGCAAAUACAGUAGUUGCACCACCCUCAGUGCACUACUGAAUGCCAAACAAGAAUGUCUAUUCUACCAGACGACAACAUCAGCGCAGAGCUCCCAACGAUUUUGGAUCUUCCAACCGAGAUCCUGGAGAUCAUCUUCUCGCACCUGCAGUUCAAAGAUCGCAUGUCGGCGUCGCUGGUUUGUCGCCGCUGGAGCGGCACUGCGAUCCCCUUGAGAAAGGUUCUGCUGAAGAUCGCCGGCUGUUGGGACCGAUCGGUCUACGAGACGUUCCUCGCCAGUGAUCGUCCGUACAGACAUCUGGAGGUGCACAACAUAGUUAGUGAGAUUCGCUACACUUCGAAGCUGAUUUCCAAAUUCCGCGACAGUCUGGAAACGUUAGAUGUGGAAAGCGUAUACGAACGGAACUGGAUGAACGCACUUGGCGGACUUCCGAGGCUCCAGGAACUGUGCCUCAAGUGUCCGCUCGUUGUCAAAAGUCCGGCGGCUUUGCGAGCGAAAAGACCUUGCCACUCGAUGCGAUCGCUGACGAUCGAUGAGAUUGACGGCAGCGACUUUGCUUUUUUGAAUGCUUUCGUGAGUGAAACCUUUCCUGGCCUGACAUCACUGAGAUUGACGGAUUUUGUUGGGGAUUUACGCAUUAACGGUUUACCAAAUUUGGAGAUGUUGGAAGUGGUUGGAACCGGCAUCUUGGACGACAGACUACUUCAGGACUUGAAAGCACUGCCAAAGUUGCGAGACAUUAAGUUCACCGGAAAGAUGUUAGAUUUGAACGACCACGCGGAGAGCGGGACCAUCGAUAAAAUUCAGAAGGUGGAGCUACGUACUAGCGUGCGGAUCGACGACGAUCAGUUACUCCAGCUUACGAAGGUUUUCCCAGCGUUGGACAGCUUUUUAAUCGGUUGCAUCACUAAUUGCACAGCAGCCGGUGUCGAAGCUGCCAAAAAGCAACUUCCAAAGUGUUCUUUUCAAAUAUAUGGCCAUAGGGCACCGGUUUACAGUGUCAAGACUUGGUCCGAUUCAGAAUCAACAGAUCUGGAUACGGAUUCGGAUUCUAGCUGAAAAUCUGUCGAUUUUUUAAAUGUA